CUGCAUGACCUGCCCGACGAGCUGUUACUCGAGAUAUUCAGCAGUCUUGAGUGCAUCCGCUCCUACGAGCCACAGUACACAGCCUUCACAAACAAGGAGAAGGAGCGAACGAGACAACGCGAAAACAAAGUCCGCCAACUGACACUGUAUUCGCUCUGUUUGACCUCUCGUCGUUUCAGAGUGAUCGCAACGCCAAUUCUCUACACCUCAUGCACGAGCACGGCGACCUGGCAUAGUUCCAAGUCUCUUGCUUCUUUCCACAAAACGAUCAGCGCUCCAGGCACUGGUUAUGGCCUUACCACACCUCUCGCGAAUUGCUUGCGAUAUGUCGAGAACCGAUUUUCCGAUCAUCUAGGCAACAGCCUUGAACAUGACUCUGGCACAGUAGACGCCACAGACAUGCUCGGGCAACACUUUUUCCUUCUCUCAGACAUCAUCACCAAGGCGCCGAACCUCCAACAUAUUUCCGUGGUGAACAUCGAAUCCGGAGAUAUGCCCUUCUGGCGUCACCUCAUUCCUCUGGAAGCCGAUGCAAAUACGGCUCUAGCAACUACAAAGAUCGCCAGUCACGGCUUCCCCAAGCUACGAACUUUGUGCAUCCAGAUUCAUUCUUUAGACACCUUCGGUAAAUUAGCUGAGGAUGCUGUCUGGUUCCAGCAUAUUUGCACCGCUUUGGCGACUGUACCCUCACUUUCCGAAUUGCGGGCUUCUGAUAUAUCAACACAUGACAUGCUGACCGUCCCAUCAAGCGGAUAUCAAAAUCUACAGCGCCUCGAGCUUACAAUGUGUUGUUUAAAUAUGCAAGAGGUGGGUACUCUUCUUCAUGCCUGCUUGGAUCUCCGACACUUUAGUUGUAUCUGGAGUGCUUGUUAUGUGGGUGAAGCAGCAUUUGCCGACCUACGCUCUGGUCUAUUGCAACAUGAAAAGAGCUUGAGAACUCUUGUCCUCGACAUGCGAGAGAUGAUUUUCGAUUUCGUGUCUAGCAUAUAUCCACAACCACUCGGCUCACUACAUUCCCUCGUGGCAUUGGAAACUCUGGUCAUCUGCGAAUGCAGUCUCUUGGAACCGGAUUCUUGGCUUUUUACAUUUCUCGGACAGAAAUCCGAAAGGCGUGUAGCGGAACUCUUACCUGAAAACAUCGAAGACCUGACGGUGCUCCUUCGAAACGAUGGUCACUCAGACGUUAACCCCCUCGAUGAAGCUCCUGUAUUAUGGCAUCUCAUCGAAGACUGCAAUGUGCUUCUGCCAAAGUUGAGGAACGUAAACCUAGAAAUGGAUCACACAUUGAGUACGGAUAGACUGCAAGCUGCUUUCAACGAUGCCAACAUUGAAUUU